GCGGCGGGAGAGCCGCGACAGCUCGGGCGCGGCGCCCGGGCCGACAUGAGGGGCUGUGGCGGCGCGGCCCCCGAGCAGCCGGCCGGGUGGUGCCUUCCUGACUGACGCUGGCGGGGAGCCCCGCUGAGCCGCUGACUUCCGUCCACCUGGGUCGCCAGGAGAAGCCUGCGAUGUCCCAGACGAGGGAUUAUGAAUGUGAGAGCCAUGACGCUGGAGCGCAGGAGCCCCGGGUCGCAGGGUCGAGCACGAGGCUGGAGUGGGUGGAGAUCAUCGAGCCGCGCACCCGCGAGCGCAUGUACGCCAACCUGGUCACCGGCGAGUGCGUGUGGGACCCGCCCGCGGGCGUCCGCAUCAAGCGCUGCAGCGAGAACCAGUGGUGGGAGCUGUUCGACCCCGGCACGUCGCGCUUCUACUACUACAGCGCCAGCUCCCAGCGCACCGUGUGGCACCGGCCGCAGGACUGUGACAUCAUCCCGCUCGCCAAGCUGCAGACCCUGAAGCAGAACAGCGAGUCCCCCCGCGCCUCGGCGGAGAACAGCCCCGGGAGGGCGAGCAGCGCCAGCCGUGAGGGCAGCACCAGCUCUUCCCUGGAGCCUGAGCCGGACGCCGGCGAGAAGGCGCAGGAGCCUGUGGGGAGGGCCGGCCGGCAGGCCGCCGUUGGGGCUCUGAGGGAGGAGAGCGCCAGCUCUUCCCCACCAGGAGUGUUCCUCGAGAAGGACUAUGAGAUUUACCGGGAUUAUAAUGUGGACGGCCAGCUUCUUCACUACAGGACCUCCUCACUUCGGUGGAAUUCGGGCACCAAGGAGCGCAUGCUCAUCAAAGUUGCUGACCGGGAGCCCAGCUUCCUCUCCUCCCAGGGCAAUGGCUAUGCCCUGGACAGCCACGCCGGCAGCCGCUCCCGCAGACCCUCGGGUGGGCAACACUCUCCCAGCCUACAGACGUUCGCCCAGGACUCUGACGGCCCCGUCUUCUUUCCUGAACGGCGGCCUUCGCCCUUCCUGAAGAGGGCUGAGCUGGGGAGUUGCUCCCCACUGCUGGCCCAGCCACGCAAGCCCACCAGUGACUCCCAGCCCUCCUCCCCACGCUACGCCUAUGAGCCCCCGCUCUACGAGGAGCCCCCUGUGGAGUACCAGGCCCCCAUCUACGAUGAGCCCCCCAUGGACGUCCAGUACGAGGCCGGCGGGGGCUACCAGGCCGCCUCACCGCAGCGGUCUCCAGGCCGCAAGCCAGCCCCCUUCCCCCAGGCUCCCAAGCAGGGCUCCUCGCCCUCCCAGCAGCUGGUGCUGACCAGGCAGAGGUGCCCAGACCGCUUCCUUAGCCUGGAGUACAGCCCCGCCGGCAAGGAGUACGUGCGGCAGCUGGUGUACGUGGAGCAGGCAGGCUCCAGCCCCAAGCUGCGUGCGGGCCCGAGGCACAAGUACGUGCCCGGUCCCGGAGGAGGCUCGCUCCCCCUGCAGCCCAGCCCCUGCCUGCUGCGGGACCAGCGCCUAGGGGGCUCCUCCGGGGACUACAGCAGCAUGGAGGGGCCUGAGCCGCGGCACACCCAGCCACCCAUGCAGGUGCCCCAGGCCCAGGACGACGCUAUGUCCUGGUCCAGCCAGCAGGACACCAUGUCCUCAACCAGCUACUCCCCGGGCACACGCAAGAGGAAGAGCAGGAACCCUUCUCUGUGCCGCGCCCCCAGCACCUCAGCCGCCGAAGGCGCCGGGGACCGCGACCUCCUCGGGGAGCAGCCCCUGGCCGAGGAGCGGCCUCUGUGCGGGCCCAGCCUGGCCCCCGUGAAGCGGGCGGAGGGCAAGACGGGCGAGGCCGAGCCUUUCCUGGCGCAGGCGCGGCUGGCCUGGGAGGCCCAGCAGGCUCACUUCCACAUGAAGCAGCGGGGCAGCUGGGACUCGCAGCAGGACGGCUCGGGCUAUGAGAGCGACGGCGCGGUGCCCCUGCCCAUGCCGGGGCCCGUGGUGCGUGCCUUCAGUGAGGACGAGGCGCUGGCCCAGCAGGAUGGCAAGCACUGGCAGAGGGGCGCCUUGGAGAGGCUGGCUUUCCCCCAAAUCCUGCUUGAGAAAAGCGUCUCCGUGCAGACCAACCUGGCCUCGCCAGAGCCUUACCUUCACCCCUCACAGUCGGAGGAUCUCGGCUCCUGUGCCCAGUUUGAGAGCAGCCGGCAGGCCCGCAGCGUCAUGCCCAGUGCCAGCUGUGUGUUCCCCCCAUUCACGCUGCGCAAGCCGUCCUCGGAGACCGACAUCGAGAACUGGGCCUCCAAGCACUUCAACACGCACACCCAGGGCCUCUUCCGGCGGAAGGUGUCCAUCGCCAACAUGCUGGCCUGGAGCAGCGAGUCUAUCAAGAAGCCCAUGAUUGUGACCAGCGACCGCCACGUGAAGAAGGAGGCCUGUGAGAUCUUCAAACUGAUCCAGAUGUACAUGGGCGACCGGCGCGCCAAGGCCGACCCUCUGCACGUGGCCCUGGAGAUCGCCACCAAGGGCUGGAGCGUGCAGGGCCUGCGGGACGAGCUGUACAUCCAGCUGUGCCGGCAGACCACGGCGAACUUCCGCCUCGAGAGCCUGGCGCGCGGCUGGGAGCUCAUGGCCAUCUGCCUGGCCUUCUUCCCUCCCACACCCAGGUUCCACUCUUACCUGGAGGGCUACAUCUACCGGCACAUGGAGCCCGGCAAUGACACCAAAGUGACGCGGCAUAUGAAAGCGCUCCUGGAAAGGAACACUAAGAAGAAGUCCAAGUUGAGAAAGAAACCCAAGCCUUAUGUUGAGGAACCGGAUGGGGUGGCAAUAAGCACCUACGCCAAGUACUGUUACCACAAGCUGCAGAAGGCAGCCCUGACCGGGGCCAAGAAGGGGCUGAAGAAGCCCAACGUGGAGGAAAUCCGGCACGCCAAGAACGCUGUGUUCAGCCCAUCCAUGUUUGGCAGCGGCCUGCAGGAGGUCAUGAACAUGCAGAAGGAGCGGUACCCGGAGCGGCAGCUGCCUUGGGUGCAGACACGUCUGUCUGAGGAGGUGCUGGCACUCAACGGCGACCAGACAGAAGGCAUCUUCAGAGUCCCUGGGGACAUUGAUGAGGUGAACGCCCUGAAGCUGCAAGUGGACCAGUGGAAGGUGCCCACCGGCCUGGAGGACCCCCACGUCCCUGCCCAGGGGAGCCCCACCCAGCAGUCUGUGCUGAGCGCGCCCCCCUCCGCCGCCGCCGUGUCCGCAGCUUCGCUCCUGAAGCUGUGGUAUCGGGAGCUGGAGGAGCCGCUGAUCCCGCACGAGUUCUACGAGCGGUGCAUCGCGCACUACGAGAACCCCGAGGCCGCCGUGGCCGUGGUGCACGCGCUGCCGCGCAUCAACCGCCUGGUGCUGUGCUACCUCAUCCGCUUCCUUCAGGUGUUCGUGCAGCCCGCCAACGUGGCCGUCACCAAGAUGGACGUCAGCAACCUCGCCAUGGUGAUGGCGCCCAACUGCCUGCGCUGCCGAUCGGACGACCCGCGCGUCAUCUUCGAGAACACGCGCAAGGAGAUGUCGUUCCUCCGCGUGCUCAUCCAGCACCUGGACACCAGCUUCAUGGAGGGCGUGCUAUAGCGCGGGGGAGGGGCCCAAGGACCGAGGGUGGGGACAGAGCCGACGCUCGGGGGG